ACAGUCAAACAUUCCCCGAGGAAAUUAUUGUCACCAACAGGAAUGUUGGAGUUGGCCAAACUAAAAGAACAGACCAAGAUGGAUCGACAGAAGAUUGAACACCUCGAGGACCGCAUUAAAUACCUGGAAGAGGCCAACAGUGAGCUAAAAAACGACAAGGAUUUCCUGCUUUCACAAAUUAAGGGAGCCCCCAGUGCACCUGCAUCUACUGGAAAGUCAGGUUUCAGAAAGACUGCUCACAUUCCUUCUUCAUCUUCACCUUCAAUGUCUCCAUCCCCCUCCUCUUCAUCCUCAGACUUCAGCUCCUCAUCAUCCUCAGAAGAGGAGCAGCAGAAGAAGAAAAAGAAGAAGAAGAAGGAGAAGAAAAAGUCAAAAAAAUACACUGACUCACACAGCCGUUCAAGAAUGACCACAACGGAUGGAAUCAUCCGCCGCUACAAGAAUGCCCUUAAGAGAUUCACCAAGUUUGGAUCCAUGAAAAAGGCCUUUGCCAAAAUUAAUGUUGACCGCAACACAAUUGCAAGAACAGCUAUAAUUGCUGAGCUAGCAAUCACAUAUCCUGAUACAUUUCAGGAGCUGCUCCCUACAGAUGAAGUCAAUGAGAAGAUCUCAGAAUUUGCAGAGCGCUGCAAGAGGGCUAUGACAAAAGAGAUGGCUGAAACGAUCACAGCAAAGAAAAAAAGUGGACAACUCCUCCCAAUAAUGUACAAGUACACCUAAUUUUUUU